ACUGCAUGAACAUUUCUUUAGUGAACUCAAAGUUACAAUUAUACCCUUACGGUAAUUUUCUCGGCGUGAGCUGAGCUUGACUCCCUCUGGUCUAGCCUCUCUUUCUCAGGUUCAUAGCAGCAACAGCAAUAGCAACAUUCUCGGCCACUCUCGUAAAUCUGAAAAGGGGUGUUUGUAUAAAUGGAGAAAGAAGGGGAUGUAGUGAAGAAGACUCAGGUGAUUGAAGCUCGAGCUAGGAACAUCAGUCACAAUGUCCGCUGUACCGAAUGUGGUAGUCAGUCUAUUGAAGAUUCUCAAGCAGAUAUUGCUAUUCUUCUUAGAAAGAUAAUCCGUGAUGAGAUUCGGUCAGGAAGUUCAGACAAGGAGAUAUUUAAAAAGCUAGAAAAUGAUUUUGGUGAUACCGUACUAUAUGAACCCAACAUCGAAGGAUUUGACUUCAAGACUAUUGUCGUUUUUCUAUCACCGGUUCUGAUGUUUGGUGCUGGUGUCGGGUUAUGGACUUACCAGUGGUACAGAGAGAAGAAUAGCGUUCAUAUCAUGGCUCUAAACCUUGUCAGAAGUGUUCCAUUGACUCCAAAAGAGAAGCAAACCAUGCUUCACGUCCUUACACCUCCAAAAAAACCAAAAAAUGCUCUUGUGUCUUGGUGGAGAGGAUUACGAAAUCAAUAUCAAUAAUGUGCUCCUAUUCAUCAGCUGCUUCUUGGCCAAGACUUUGGUGGGAAUGGCAAAGUUUUUAUUAAACAUUAUAUACAGAUCCAACAAAUCCAUCUUUUAAAUGGUUUUAUUACAUUUUGUAUCAUAAUAUGUGGUUUUGUAUCCCAAUAAAGAGUAUCUUUUUAGAACAACUUUCGUACUGUAACUAGUGAUCGCACAUGUUAAAAACAAGAUUUGAAUGUUUUAUGUAUUCUUUCUACAUUAUUGAAUUUCGAUUGCUCAAGAAAGCUAAACUCCAA